CCUGACCUGCUCGCCCCUACUUUCAUCAAGUCCCUAUUCCCUUACCUAUCUUUCUCCUUGCUCUCACUUUUCCAAUCCUUUCUCGACCACUCCUACGUGCCCUCCGCGUGGAAGAAGGCCCUUGUGACACCAGUUCACAAGGGUAAAGGGAAACCUCUCAACGACCCUUCCAGCUACAGGCCCAUCUCUAUUACUUCUAUCCUCUGCCGCACUUUCGAACGCACCAUCAACCAGCACCUUCUUCGCUUUCUGGACAACAACGGCCUUCUUUCUGCCUCCCAGCAUGGUUUUAGGCCCAACCGAAGCUGUGAGUCAGCUCUCGCUACUAUUGUUCACCACAUAAGCAAUAACCUGGAUAACCGUUCCCCAACUGAUAUCAUUCAACUAGACCUGUGCAACGCCUUUGAUUCCCUCGACCACUCUAUCCUCCUCCAGAAAAUUGCACAAUCCGGUAUUCGUGGCCCCCUGCUGCUCUGGCUGAGCCGCUUUCUUAUCGGUCGCUCCCACCGUGUAUUGUUCCAUGGGAAGGCCUCCGAUGAGUUCGCUGUCACCUCAGGGGUACCCCAAGGCUCAGUACUGGGGCCCACAUUAUUCCUCUUGUAUGUGAACGACAUGCCUUCAUCGCAAGAGUGUCUGCUGGUGCAAUAUGCAGACGACACCACCAUUCUGGCCCCAGCAGACGUACCCUCCUCCACGCCGGGUGUCCAGAGUCUCCUGGACCAGAUUGACUGCUGGGCAAGAACGAACUGCCUCUCAAUUAGCUUCCACAAAAGUGCUGCAAUGCGAGUCUCCAACAGCCGUUCCACCGUUCCUCCUGCAUACUACUUGUCAGGCUCUCCCAUUCCUAGUGCUCAGUCUCUCCCAAUCCUUGGGGUUGUGUUCAGUUCAACUCUGGACUUCUCACCUCAGAUUGCAGACACUGUGUCCAGGGCCCGGCGGACUCUUGGCUUUGUCACACGUGUCUCAAGGAACUGGGGACAUGAAACUUUCCGCGCUCUCUACACUGCCUUAGUCCUGCCUCGUCUGGAAUACUGCUGCUCCGUGUGGGGACCCUUCCAGGCUCACCUCAUCGACAGGCUGGAGGGCGUGCAGCGCCGGGCUACUCGAACACUUCAUACUCGGAUGUUGGGCCGGCAAGUUCCUGUGCCGCCAUAUGAAGCUCGCCUUAGGGCCCUUGGGUGGCAAAGCCUCUGCCACCGCCGGACAGUGGCUCGGGUUGGGCUCCUUUGUAGGUUGCUCGACGGGUCCAUGAGUGAUACCCACCUCCACUCAUGCAUCAGGAUCGGGAAGCGAUCCGGGCAGCCAGAACUCCUGCACGCCCGAACAGUGCGCCACUCGCACUCCGUACUCCCCGCCGCCCUCAGAGACUUUCUUGCGGCCCCCCUGUCGAUUCGAUCUCCACUCCCCAACAACCGUGACGAGUCCGCUGCCUUGCGCCGUGCAUUUUCGCGGUCAAAGCACCUAAACUGA